CCAUGCAUUUCCAUGCCAGAGCUGCGCUAGAGGGAGGGCUCCACAGCUGCCGUAUAAAAAGGCAGCUCGCGAAUCAAUCAACACAAAACUGGCUCAGUGAUUCCUAGGGUUCUUUCUCUCUCUCUCUCUCUUCCUCUCACAUACCCUCUCUCUCUCUUUCUCUUUACCCAUCAACUCUCUUUCCUUCUGCUGGCUUCCUCCUCCCACUCCCUGUCUCCCAUUCUGAGCGCGUGCGCGCGUGUGUGAGCAGCGAGUGUGUGUAUGUGGGUCUCUCUCCCUCCCUCACACACUCGGCGUCUCUCCUGGGAUCCUCGCGUCCCCUUCACCGGCAGCAGGCUCCCCCCACACAGCAGUCACCAUUUCCGCCCCCGGGAGACCCACGCUGGCAGCGCAGCCACUUCCCCGACUCAGCAUCGGGAGGAAGACCCUGGUGGCGGCCGCCGUUGGGGUCAUGCUCGUCCUGGUGCUGGUCGUCCUCAUCCCCGUGCUGGUGAGUUCAGUGGGUACCGAUGCCAGCCACUAUGAGAUGCUGGGUACCUGCCGCAUGGUGUGUGACCCCUACCUGAACAAGGGCACCACCACCAGCGCCAACAGCAUCCGGGCAGAGGCCGAGGCCUUGAGCGACCACAGCAUCGUGCCCCCGCCGUCCACCCUGCUGCAGGGACCCCAAGGGAAGCCGGGACGGCCGGGAAAACCCGGACCCCCGGGGCCUCCUGGGGAGCCUGGGCCUCCAGGGCCCGUGGGCCCUCCUGGAGAAAAGGGGGACACUGGAAGGACUGGGAUACUAGGCCUGGGGGGUGAUGGAGCUAUCAGCACGGCCACCUACACCACCAUCCCCCGGGUCGCUUUUUAUGCCGGGCUUAAGAACCCUCAUGAGGGUUACGAGAUUCUCAAGUUCGACGAUGUGGUCACCAACCUGGGCAACAACUACGAUGGCUCCUCUGGCAAGUUCAUCUGUAAUGUUCCGGGUACAUACUUCUUCAUUUACCAUGUGCUGAUGAGGGGUGGUGAUGGCACCAGCAUGUGGGCAGACCUCUGUAAGAAUGGCCAGGUUAGAGCCAGUGCCAUAGCUCAAGACGCUGACCAGAACUAUGACUACGCCAGCAACAGUGUUAUUCUGCACUUGGAUGCUGGUGAUGAGGUCUACAUCAAACUUGAUGGGGGCAAGGCCCAUGGAGGGAACAACAACAAGUACAGCACCUUUUCUGGGUUCAUCAUCUAUGCCGACUGAAGGGGAGUCAGGGAGGGUUUGAAGACCAGAGCACUUUUUCAGAUUCUGCCUCUCUUUCUCUCUCUCUCUCUCCAUCUGUCUCACUCUCUCAGCCUCUCUCUCUUUCUCCGCUCUGAAAAUGGACUCUUUCUUUCAUCCUGAGGGUGCAGAGAAAGCUCUGAGUGGCACCCACUCUACAUGCUGGUGUUUUGCCCAGUCAGAUAUGCUGAAAUUUUUGUUUUCAAACAACUUUGCCAGAUUGAAAAAAGCUGACCUUGUCUCCAUAGCAGAAAGGACACAGGCCUUCCAAUCCAGUCUCGACUGACUUCACAGAGAUCCCUGCCUUGCCGUUGUAUACCUCCUCUUAGCAUAUAACUAUUUUCCUUUGUCCAAAUAUGUAAAAUAACGAUGUGCAAAAAUCAUUGCAGCUAUUGCUUUGUGAACCCUAUCUGUAGUACCUUAUAAGAAUAGCUUGCCCCUGAGGGCCUAGGAAUGUUAUGAGAUUGAGGACUUGAUGAAAGCACAGCAUUAUCUUGCAGGAGACAAAUUUGAAGAUCUCAGCUCAAGGGGGGAUUCUUUCUUUGACUGGCUGUUAUGAAUUUCACAUAAAGCACAGUGCCACUUUGUGGUUGCAUAUUGUCAUGGUUGUUUUCUUUGCAAUGCCUGCUGUAAGCACAACUGGGCAGACUUGUGGUUGGAUGUUGUUAGUGCAGGACCUAUCUUACAGAAAAAAACAUGGUGGCCCACAUGUUCUGCACAAAAACAUUUCUCAUCAGCACCCCCUGCCUUCUGUUCCUGUUUGUCUGUUGUGUCCUGUUGAUGGACUACUGUAUGCAUUUUAUGGAAGACCCCAUGUAUAUUAGAUAUUCUAGUUUUGACCUAGCUGUCCUUAAGAUUAAGUCUUGCGAUAUUGUAAUUUGUCACUAGCUUCAAGGCAGCAAUGACACAAGAAAAAACAGAUGGCAUACUUGAUCUUUCGUCCAUUAUCAAAUGUCCAAAUCAUCUGUUUGAUGGUUGCCAUCCCCCUGGAAAAUCAUGAGCAUGUAUAGAACAAUAGGAUUUAGCCAAUUAUCUGAAGCUGUUUUGAAGCAUUUCACAUUGGUUUACCAGCUACAAACCCUCCUGCACUUAAGUUGAUCAUGUAGACAGACUGCACUUGAAAUGCUUGUGAAAGUUUAGGAACUACACUUGAAAGGCUUGUGAUUGUUCAAAUUGUGAGUAUGUGUAUGAAUGUGUCAUUACUAUAUGUUUUGUUACCCCAGAUAUACUUCAUAUCAAACAAUCAAAGACAUGUUCAUCAGCCAAUGAGAUUGCAGUGGGGAGGGGAGAGUCUCUGAAUGCAGAAAUAGAUUAAAACUGCUUGUAAAAUGAAAUGUGUUAUGUUUGUCAAUCUUUAUUUUUUUGGAAUUGUUGAAUAAAUUAUAAUAAAUGGGAUUUUUGGAGUUCCUUUUCUUAUGAGUUAUUUUGCCAUAUAUAUAUAUAUAUAUAUAUAUAUAUACAAAAGUAUUGAGACAGUAACAAAUUGUUGUUUUGUCUCUGUACUCCAGCACACUGGAUUUGAAAUAAAGCAUUGAAUAUGAGAUUAAAGUGGCCCGGCAGCUUUAACUUAAAGGUAUUUUCAUACAUAUCAUAUGGUCAUGUGUAGAAAUUACAGCCCUUUUAGAGUCAAAAUAACAAAAAUUGUGUCACUGUCCCAAAACUUUUGCAUUUAAUUUUAUAAGGAUAGGUAUAUGGCCAAUCUCCGAGAUACACAAAUGGGAAAAGGGAAAGGGGAAAAAAUGGCAAAAAGACCCAAGGUUGGACUGAAAUGGAUUGCUUCAUUUGCUGUAUACAUACAAUAGUGUGCAUGAAUGGAUUUUUGACUUGUUUUUGUUUCUAAAAGGGUAUUACAAAAAGAGCAUUACUUGUCACUGGAGAUAAAUCAAGAACCAUUGAAAUAAAUAAAUAAAAAUUCA